GACAUACUCUUGGUUAAGUUUGUGGGGAGGAGGGUCCACAGUGUUGAUGAAACUGCAGGUUCACCAAGAAAGCGCUCAUCCUCCAAACCCCAGGUGGUGUGUUGUGUUUGUUUUGUUAACAAUAAAUGGCAUAAUGGAAGUACGUUCGGACAAUGCAUCUUCAGUAGGGCUGAUUCUAAGCUCCAUUUCUGGAAAGCGUUGCAAGACUGAGGAAUAUCAGACUGCGAACCGCCGGAAACAGUUCCCUUGCAGCACAGAAACAAUCUUCUCUCCCCAUCUUCGCAUAUUCUGAUGGCAAAUCAAAUGGAAGAAAAGAGGAAGCAUGACAGCACAUUGGAUCAGUUCUCUUUUUGGAUUACAUUUUCAGUAAAAUGUAUGGAUCUAUAUUUUCCUUGUCUGUCUAGAUCAUGAGACUUGACUAAGGCUGUAUCUUUAUCCUCCGUCUAUCUAUGGCGAACUAUAGCCAUGCAGCUGACAACGUUUUGCAAAAUCUCUCUCCUCUAACAGCCUUUCUGAAACUGACUUCCUUGGGUUUCAUAAUAGGAGUCAGUGUGGUGGGCAACCUUCUGAUUUCCAUUUUGCUAGUGAAAGAUAAGACCUUGCAUAGAGCACCUUACUACUUCCUGUUGGACCUUGGCUGUUCUGAUAUCCUCAGAUCUGCAAUUUGUUUUCCAUUUGUAUUCAACUCUGUCAAAAAUGGCUCUACCUGGACUUAUGGAACUCUGACUUGCAAAGUGAUUGCCUUUCUUGGGGUUUUGUCCUGCUUCCACACUGCUUUCAUGCUCUUCUGCAUCAGUGUCACCAGAUACUUAGCUAUUGCCCAUCACCGCUUCUAUACGAAGAGGCUGACUUUUUGGACGUGUCUAGCUGUGAUCUGCAUGGUGUGGACUCUGUCUGUGGCCAUGGCGUUUCCCCCAGUUUUAGAUGUGGGCACUUACUCAUUCAUUAGGGAGGAAGAUCAAUGCACCUUCCAACACCGCUCCUUCAGGGCCAAUGAUUCCUUAGGAUUUAUGCUGCUCCUUGCUCUCAUCCUCCUAGCCACACAGCUUGUCUACCUCAAGCUGAUAUUUUUUGUCCAUGAUCGAAGGAAAAUGAAGCCAGUUCAGUUUGUAGCAGCAGUCAGCCAGAACUGGACUUUUCAUGGCCCUGGAGCCAGUGGCCAGGCAGCUGCCAAUUGGCUAGCAGGAUUUGGAAGGGGUCCUACACCACCUACCUUGCUGGGCAUCAGGCAGAAUGCUAACACCAUGGGCAGAAGAAGGCUAUUGGUCUUAGAUGAAUUCAAAAUGGAAAAAAGAAUCAGCAGAAUGUUCUACAUAAUGACUUUUCUCUUCCUAACCUUGUGGGGCCCCUACCUGGUAGCCUGCUAUUGGAGAGUUUUCGCAAGAGGGCCUGUAGUACCCGGGGGAUUUCUAACAGCUGCUGUCUGGAUGAGUUUUGCCCAAGCAGGAAUCAAUCCUUUUGUCUGCAUUUUCUCCAACAGGGAGCUGAGGCGCUGUUUCAGCACAACCCUUCUUUACUGCAGAAAAUCCAGGUUACCAAGGGAACCUUACUGUGUUAUAUGAAGGAGCAUCUGUAAAUCUUUAGCCUUCUGAAACACUGACCUUCUCUGUUAAGCAAUUGUGGCCUGUAGCCAUAUCUUGAGAAGAAAAUCAAGAAUGGGAUUAGCGGUAAUAAGGGUUUGGGAUAUACUCUGCAGUCUUUGUAAUUGUUCACCUAUAAUCCUAUUUUAAAUCUCAGAGUGGUCCUGCUGACUGCCCAUGAAGGUUUGUAAUUAAGAAAGGACUGAACCACUGCCCUAAGUUUUUUUAUGUGGUUGAAAACUAGAUAAUGAAAUUAGCAGGUGCUAAGUAUCAGUACUAAAUGCUGUGUAUAUCACUACUUACGAAAAAACAUUUAAAAAAACCAAUUAGCAUUGGACAUCUUAAUAAAUUAAGUUGACUUGAGGUAAAUAUGUUGAUAAAAACUAACUUUAGAAGUUUGAAGACUUUAAAACAUUUCUAUUAUUGUUUUGCAAAGACUAAAAUAUUUGUUUUGCAAAGAUUAAAAUAUUAAAGUACUGUAAUCCACUAAAGAUAUACAAUGAAUUAUUGGAUUAUCACACUUUUUAAAAACCACUUUGUAAGUUUAGAGGAGCAUUCCAAAGCAGUAUAUUGGUUCCAAUUAGAGUUUACUUUUUUUAUUAAUACAUUACUAUUACUAAAUACCACUUUCCUUACGUACUAGUUAAAUUGCUAGCAUUGAACUAUAUUAUGUACUUUUUGUUGAUUUGGUACAAAAUUUUUCCAAUCUAUUUUUAUUUGGUCUGGAAGGCAACAUUAAUGGUACCAACCGGUCACAAUUGAGCUGUUCUGAUACUUCAGAAUAAACACAUGUUGCCUUAAAGAGUUAUCUAGUAUCUUUCAUCUUAUUUAGCAUUGGAGCAAAUAGUCAAGGUAAAUCAAAUCAAUAACUGGUCAUGAUCAUGUAUCUGGAAGUACAUGGAAGAUCAUGAACACUUUCUUUCCUUUUUCCUCACAUGGCUUAAAAGUUAAGGUGCACAUCAUUGGGAUAAUGAGAUUGUGUUACUCAUUCUAGUGUGUUCUAAGCAAGUAGUUGAUGUAUGUUUAUAUUUUAAAUCAGCUGUCAAGGGGAGACUGCAGCCUUAGUAUGACAACCUGCACAAUUUAUAAUAAGUGUUUAUUCUAUGGAAGGCAAGUCUUGCUUAUGCUUUCUGCACAUUCAGUGUAUUGGUCAUUUAAAUUAUUUCAGAUUUAACUUGUAAAAGCUUUAAUAUGAUUUCUGGUAUUUUAGAAAUAGAGUCUGUGAUUCUCAUUCUUUAAGAUACGGAUGUGUGAAUUUCAAUAUAAAGUUGUAUUUGCGAAAACUUAA